AUGGAAUACCAACUUCUAGAUAUAAAGGGCAAUGAACAAAUUGAAAAAUAUUCUUGGAGAGAAGCUUGUGAUAUUGGCAGCUCAAGAAUGGACAGAAAGCAUGGAAAAUAUGUAUUGAAUGUUGAGCACUCUGAAAACCAGCCGGUAAAAGAAUAUUGCCGCAAUGACUGGUCUAUGUGGAAAGUCUUCCUGGCUUGUCUCUUAGCCUGUGUGAUAAUGACAGCAAUUGGAGUACUUAUAAUAUGCUUGGUGAAUAACAAAGGAUCUACCAAUUCCUCCAUUGUUAUCCAGCUAUCCACAAACAAUGGAGAGUGUGUGACUGUCAAACCUGGAACACCCUCUCCUGCUUGUCCACCUACAGUGACCACCACUUCAACUGUACCUGCAAGUACAGCCACUGAAACUACAACUUCAACAGCUACAACUGCCACCACUUCCACAGAACCUACAGCUGUUGCAACUAUCAAUUAA